AUGUCGGGCCACACCUCUUCCGCUUCAUCACCCUUCAACGGCACCAUUGGGCAUUUACGCAUUCUUACCGACCCUACUGGAGUCAUUGUCAACCCUUUCUCCCCAUCGCCCGGCUACGUCAAUUUGGAUCCGAACAACCUUGACUUCAAGACGCUGAAAGCUGUUCUUCAUCUUGGUAUGAGUAUGCUCGAAUCACCGAGAGGUGAGCAAAUUCUGGUCGAGAUAGGGCAAAAUGCCGUCAACUACAAUCGCCAGCGAAACCUCCCAUGUCUCUACUCAGACAAUGUCAACAAUAUCCCAAACUAUCUCCGCUACUUCCUGAGAACCGUCCGUGGAGACUUCUACAACGUGUACUUGACACACGCAAUGCGAUUUCAGGGCGAAGGGGAGGGCCAGGGCGCCCUUUGGGGCAACAAUUUUCGGGACUAUCGACCCAAAACCCACGGCCGCAUCAAGUUCAACAGAAUGGUCAUUGAAAAUCUUCGACACGUGGCCGUCAUCGCCCACGACCUCAGAGGCAGACAAGACCCGGUAAGCGUGGCACGCUACGAAAACGCCAUGAAGAACUUUGAGGUCGGCUCGUUCUUGAUGGGUAUCACAGUUGCACACGAGAUAGUGCACAAAUGGGUGCGCUAUCUCCUCGGCCCCGCGAACGCUGGCACCCCCCCACACAUUUCAUUUCCCGGCACGGCUUCCGGCAAUCGCGGAGAGUCGGGCUGGUACUGGGAAUCGAGAUUCCUUGGUGGCGGCAAGCUCGAGAACGUCGAGGACCAAGCCAAUCCGUUGGGAUGGCGGCAGCUCGGCAAGCUUUAUCUGGUCAGGGAAACGGCCCAGGGACAGAUGGGCAGGGAGCUAUCCCGCCGCUAUAUUCAGGACAUACUGAGUUUUAGGUUCGAGGGACCUGCCAGGCCCGCGACAAACUCAGUUGAACAGAGGGCGGAGCUGCUGGGAAAGCCGAUGGCGAGGGUGAGGCUCGAGAACCUUCCAGCGGGCAUUCCCAUCAACGUUGCGCCGGAGGAAGACUCCCAGGGCCGAAUCUCCUCCGCGAUCCUCGACCCCAUCAACCGGAUGGCAGCGCAUAACGUGCGGGUGUCUGCACCGAUCCGGCCGUCGGUGGUCGCUGCUUAA